AUGUCGCCUUGCGACGAGACCCGGCCGGCCUGUCGCCGCUGUCAGCAGUACGGGACGCAGUGUCCGGGGUACAAUCGACCGCUGCCCAUCCGGUUCUACGUGGACUCGCGGUCCUCCAGCUCCGCGCGUCCCGGUGCGAAGAAGAACAAAUCCAGUCCGUCUCCGGCGCUUCCGGCCAUCCUCGCCGCAGACGCCGGAGCCGCCGCAUCAUCCUCCUCCUCCUCCUCCUCCUCAUCCGCCUCCGGCCCCUCCGCCUCCUAUGCAUCCCCUGUCAGCACGCCGCCGCGGCUCUGUCUCGACAGCCAGCUCGAGCCGUUGUGGGAGGACGAGUCGACCAUGUACUUCAUUGACCAGUACUGCCUCCCGCCCAGCCCGGGGCUCUUCCCGGGCUUCCUCAACUUCCUGACCGAGCGGCUGGCCGCGUCGCCGCCCGACUCGGCGCUCAGCCGCGCGACGCUCGCCUCCAGCUGCCUGUCGCUGUGGCGCCACUCAAAGUCGCCCUACCUGUACCGCAAGGCCUGCCGGCACUACGGCGCGGCCCUUUCGGCGCUGAGCGAGACGCUCAACGAGGCGGCGGCCGCGUGGCAGGACGAUACGAUUGCCGCCAUCAUGCUGCUGAACCUGUUUGAGGACAUUCACGGCAAGGCGCCCAAGACAAGGCCGUCGCACCUCGACGGCAUCGUCCGCAUCUUCUCGGCCCGGACGGAGAGCCUGGUGCAGGCGUCGUCGCGCGGGCCGGUGUAUCGAUGGGCCUUGUCGCAUCUGCAAAUCGAGACGCUCAUGCGCGGCGAGUCCUUCGACUGCAUCAAACUCCGCGACGGCCACGCCGACACCAGCACGCUGUCCACCGGGCUGGCCGUGGCCAUGUCGUGGGCGGUCGAGUUCUGCAUCGACACCAUGCGCAGCCUGCGCAGCAUGGACGCCGAGCCCAACACCGCCGACGAGCAGGCCGAGUCGCUCCGGGCCGCGCUCGACCGCGCCAUGCGCAUCCAGCGGCGCCUCGACGCCAUCGUCCGCGACGCCGAGCACCAUCUCAAGCCGACCCUCAUCGUCCGAACCUCAACCUCGCCCCAGCAACAACCCCCCGCACUCAUCGUCUCCCCCAGCCGGCUGCUUAGCAUCAUGUGGACCGGCCUUGACGCCUUCCUGACCAUCUUCUACUCGACCGUUCUUUCAUGCAGCCGGCGCAUCCUGGAGCUGCGCGCGCGGCUGCUGACCGACACCGAGCGCGCGCUGGUCGCGGCCACGAGCGAGAUGGCGGCGCGCAACGUGGCGCUGCUGCUGGAGCGCAUCCGCGGGAGCAUCCCGUACAACAUGGGCGACGUGGACGAGCAGGGACGGGAGAUGGCGGCGCCGCGGCCCAAGGCGGUGUCGUCGUACUACCUCACCUGGAUCCUGGCCAUCGUGAUUAAUACGCCGCAGGCGACGGAGGACCAGCGGAGGGCGUGCAGAGAGGCGCAGGACAGGAUACAGGACAUGUACGGGCUGAAGCCGGUCGAGGCCGAGCUGAUGGCGACGAGCAUCAUGCAGUGCUUUCGGGGGUCUUAG